UCAUGUAAGAUUUCUUCAGUUUAUUUCACUAGUUUAAAGAAUAAGUAUAAUGACACUUGUGUUCUCUCUCAGUGGUGACACUCAGGACAGCCAGUGGAAGUCAUCUAAAAUUUUCAGAUUCUCAGCACUUUUGAGACCGGUGUCUUGGCCUUGAGUUCUAGCUGCUCCUUUCAUCAAACAGAAGAAGUUUCCCAUGGCAGUGUGUACAGACAGUUGCACAGGACCUGUACUGGUUUUGCAUUUUAAGCUACCUUAUAGCCUUGAAAAUCCUCACAAAGAAUCUACCCUGAACUGCAGGAGGAAAACUUAAACAACUGGUUUUGUUGAGUCUUACUGUGACCUUCAAACAUGGGCUCUAGGUUGAAAAUGGCAUCAUGCCUUUAUGAUUGCCUUUGUGAGGCAGAACUUGAAAAAUAUUAUCCCCAGUUUGCUGCCUUUGGUCUUCAGAAAAUUGAUGACCUUGCCAAARUUUCCAUGGAAGAUUACUCCAAAUUGGGAGUCCAUGACAUCAGUGACCGCAAGCGACUUUUUCAGCUCAUUAAAAUAAUCAAAAUUAUGCGACAGGAAGACAUUGCAGACGUAAGCAAGCAAGAUUUUCAACCACGUAGCCUUUUUGUUCAGCCUCGGGUGCCSAGGUCAGGUCCUCGUAGACAGCUGCGUUUCGAGUCCUUCUGUGAGGAAAACGAUGGAACAGCUAACGACUCUGAAUCUGAAUUAUAUCAUUCACCUGAUUUCAGUGCCAAUGAAGAGAAGAACAAUGUAGGGGAAAGGUUGGGACACAUUCCACCACAUGAUUCUGAACCAAUCAGRUUAACUAGAAGAGACCUAAAAUCUCCUGGAAUAGGCACAAAAAAUGACCUGAGCUGUCCAAAGGUUUCUGAUGAUAUUGCAUCUCUCCUSGGGGAUUCUGAAGUUCCUGUUGUACAAAGAGUAACUCAUGGUUCAGGGUAUAAUUAUGGACUACCUCAUUCCUGUAUCAGAUCCAAUACUUCUGAGAAAGAGACUCCAUGGACAGAGAGUGAAAAGAUCAGAGUGUGUGUCCGAAAACGUCCUCUCUCCCUGAGGGAGGAGAAACGUGGGGAGCUUAAUAUCAUCGCAGUGGAUGGUAAUGACACCCUACUUCUCCGUGAGAAGAAGGAGGCGGUUGAUCUUACACAAUACAUUUUAGAGCAUGUUUUUCAUUUUGAUGAAGUCUUUGGGGAGUCGUGUACCAAUCAGGAUGUGUAUAUGAAGACAGCUUCUCCUCUCAUUCAGCAUAUUUUUAACGGAGGCAAUGCAACUUGCUUUGCAUAUGGGCAGACUGGUGCUGGCAAGACUUACACCAUGAUAGGGAAUCACCGGAACCAAGGACUCUACGCCUUGGCUGCCAAGGACAUCUUUAAGCACCUGGAAGCAUCACCAUCCAGGAAAGACCUUACUGUUGUGAUCAGUUUUUAUGAGAUCUACUGUGGACAGCUUUAUGACCUGCUAAAUGGAAGGAAAAGACUCUUUGCAAGAGAAGAUGCCAGCCAUGUCGUUCAGAUAGUUGGACUGCGGGAGGUUCAGGUGGACUCUGUAGAUGAGCUGUUGGAGGUGAUUUUGAAGGGRGGAAAAGAACGUAGCACAGGAGCUACUGGAGUAAACUCAGAUUCUUCUCGAUCUCAUGCCAUCAUCCAAAUUCAAAUUAAAGAUGCAGCCAACAGGGCAUCUGGAAGGAUAUCAUUCAUUGACUUGGCUGGCAGUGAAAGGGCAGCUGAUGCCAGGGACUCAGAUCGACAAACAAAAAUGGAAGGAGCAGAAAUAAACCAAAGUCUUUUGGCACUAAAGGAAUGCAUUCGGGCUUUGGAUCAGGAACACAUGCAUACUCCUUUCCGGCAAAGCAAAUUAACUCAGGUGCUAAAGGACUCUUUCAUUGGCAAUUCCAAGACAUGCAUGAUAGCCAAUGUAUCACCAAGCCACAUAGCUACAGAGCACACCCUGAACACCCUGCGUUAUGCAGACAGGGUCAAAGAGCUGAAGAAAGGGAUUAAAUGUUCUUCUCCUGUCACAAGCAGGCGUCGCAGAACUGGAAAUGCAUCUCCAAAACGUGUUCAAAGCACUCCCUCUUUGCCACCUGGGGAAAAGAGCUCUCCAAAGAAAGUGAAGCUAGGUGUACAGCAGUCCUCAAAUGCUACAAAACCAAAGGCAUGUCCUGCAGCAUUCCAGCCACCCGGCGGCCCUCUUACCUCUACCCCCAAGGGAAUCUGCAAAGGACAGUCCUACAAAGGAAAUACCAGCUCUCCCUGCUUCCACCACACCACCCCGGUUAAGGGAGUCCUACGGAUGACACAUGCCCAGAAGAAGAAAAAUGAUGAUCUAUCCCCCCACUCUGAAAAGAGCCCCUCAGUGAAGGAUUUUGUCAUCAAAAGUGCUGCAUUAGCAGAAACAAAAGAGGAUGUCCAGCAAGACAAGUAUAAGCAAAAUAGAACAUCUGUCCAGUGCCUGAAAGUCCAGACAGUGCAACCUGUUCAGAAACAGCUUGAUCUUACAGAUGAUAAUUCAUUUGGAGACGAAAACCUGCCCUCCGACAGUGGACAGGAAUGGGGAARUAUUUCUAAACAGACUGUUGAACCCUGGACAUACCUGCCUCCAUUCCAGAAGGAAAGGGAAAAGCAUUUACGUCUUUAUCACCAGCAGUUUCAGCAGCCACCUAUUGUACAGCAAAAAUUGAGCUAUCAACCCCUUGAGAGGUUUUUAAUGCAGUGCAAGCCUGAGGAGAUUCAAGGGAAGCAGGAGCUGUGCCUUACUCCAACAGAAGUGCAGACCAAAGAGGGGAUGCAGCUGGAAGAGCUGGAUGACAGUGAUUUCAGUGAAGAUUCUUUCUCACCUUCCUGUAGUCAAAAGAGUGUGAAAAGAGGAAACACCAACACAUGUAGUCAACGUUCCUUUUUCCUUCAUGAAAGACAACAAGGAAUUGAAGAAGAGCAAAAAGGCCAACAGCGACAGGAUUUAUUUUUUAAAUAUUCAAUACCCAUGCAAGAUCAUGAGAUAGAUGACAGUUGGGAUUCUAGUGAGGACAGCCCAAAGGAAGAAGAAUCAAUUAAAAAUGCAGGCUGCAGCAAAACUGCAGACUGGAGCUACGACUUAGAUGUUGAAUCCUCUCCAAGCAAUACUGCAGAAAAACCUUACUGCCUACAGGAAGAUUCUGCUUGCAGCUGGAUAAAUGGCAAGGAUUUCCCAGCCGAUCACAAAGGGUACAAGUCCAAACGCAGAUGUCUCGUUUACCCCAGUGAAGCCACCUUAUCUCCAGAAAAGGAUGCUUCAAACCCAUAUGUCCCUCCUGUAUUGAAAUCAGGAACUCCAGAGUGCAAAGAGAUUGUUCUCCAGCACGAGGAGAAAGAAGAAUCUCCUUUGGAUAAACAGGCUGCUACUGCAGGAGGUGUAAAAUGGAAAGCUCGAAAAAAUAGAGUUAGCCACCAUGUACCUUCGAAGCGUACCUCAGAAUUCAAUCCCGAGCACAGGGCCCCUCUCCUGGUGUCCCCUCUUGAUGGUGAGGACACAACAGAAACAAAGAAAGUGUCUGCCAGCCAAGAGAAGCCCCACCGUGAGAAGCAGGUGCCAGACAGUGACACCCCGGGCAAGUUUGAGGAUGAGGGCUGGCAGUGCACCAGGAGCAGAGCUCUGACCGACAGCAUGCUGGAACUGGGGGAGCAGACCUGCCAYGGGGUCAGGCACUGUGCCCUGCUGGGCUCCCCUAAAGCCGGGCACAAGCAGCCCCCACCCGCCUGGGGCCGUGUGAAGCCGUGCUGCUGCCGCCUGGGAUCAGCUCAGUCCAACAAGGGAGUCCGUCGCAGUUUGUUUGUUGGACAUGACGKGACUGAAACAUCUGCAGCUGGAUCCGCAGCUGGAUCCACGAGCUCCAGAGCAGASAGGGAGGGCGGGGGGCUUUGCAGUGACUCCCCCUGCAAAGAACACGCAGGUGGCAGACGGAGUGCUAAUGUUAAUCAGCAUAACAACGCUGGCAAUUCAGGAAAGUCUAACUCAAGUCAAGGUGCUGAGCGUGUGGCUGAGGAAAUAAACGCUGAAAUACCUGGAAAGAGCUAUUUUUCAGAGUCACCACGCCGUCCCGGUGUAAAACACACACAGCCAGUCCAGUCCCCCUCUCAAGAGAGAAGCCUGCCACUGCAGCCCAAGCCAGGAGUGAGGAAUGAGGAUCUCACCCGUUCUGAAGACCGUGCCAAGUCAUCAUUCGGCAAUGAGGAAACAGGGUUGCUAAAAACCAAGUUAAUGCAGAGUAUUUUUACACAAGAGACUUUUUCUGCAGAUGCAGGAUUUGCAACCAAAGAUAAUAAGCCAACAGCAAGUGCAAAGAGCCCCUCACACAUGUCCAGCAGCAGCUCUCCAAGUGCUGCCUCAGAGAUGGGGAAAUGGCAGAGGGCAGCUCUAGAAAAAGCACAACAGGCUGUGUUUCGCGCCCAUCAGCAGCAGCUGGAUGAAAUGGCRUGCCUGUGCUUCAAGGAGGAGUGCUUGAUAAAUCAGAUGUCAGCGAUGGAUUUUAAGAGUUUCAUGAACAUGCUGGAUGAAAUAUUGGUGAUGAAGUCAAAGUGUGUCCAAACGAUGCGAGCCCAGAUUCAGCUCUGCUUAGCCUCCCCUGGCACUGGCACAUCACAGCAAACACCUCCACCAGUUUAGAUCUUCUUUGCUUCUGCAUGCACUGGAGCAGCUACGGAAAACACCAGCCAGAACUUCGCUACACUUGGUGCUGCACAGUGUGGAUGGCAGAGGAUAGCCUUUGGUCUGAUGUUUGAGAUUAGUGUGUGUUUUGCAUAAGGGGGCAGAGAAUUCUGAGUAAAUGAGAGAUGACUAAUUGGCACCACAAACGUAUUUCAUUGAUAUUAGUUAGCCGCUUUCUGGACAGUAACAACUCAGCAGCCUUUAAAUAUCUCACCAAACAGCAGGCAAAUAGUGUUCAUUUAUCAUAGCAGUUUCUCACAUGUUAAAGGCAAUUCUAUGUUGCCAGGAAAAUGGGGAUAAGAGAAACUACUUUGAAGCCACAUACAGGUCUAAAGAGAAAUGCUCAAAAGCUACCAAGAAAAGUGUUUGCAAACAGAAGCCAGAGAAGAGAGAGGAGCCAGGGGUUGUUACACCAACAUUAUUGGCCCUUAAGUAAUUGGAAGUCAAGGCAGGGCAGGAAGUGCUGUCAGUUUCAGAAGAAGGAAGCCUAUUGUCAAAMUGGUUCUUGGGCUGAACAUUACAGAGGCUCUUGAAAGAAGUGACUUUAAGUGAUGGGUAAGGAGUGGUUUAGCAGGGACUUCGUACCAAAGAAUAAGGUUCUCAUUAAUUCUUCUUGGUGUGUUAAUAAGCACGUGGGAGUCAUGCGGCCCAGAGUGAGAGGCCUGCAGCUUUUCCUGCUGCACAUCGCAUCUGACCCCUGCACUGCUCAUGUUGAAUGGAUUUCUCACAUGAAAAGUGGGUCUGCUUGGAGGCACUGGGCUUCCAGAAGCUGCUGACAGCACUGUUAUAGGGAGCUGGUGUUUGACUCGAGAGCUAUGGAGCCAUCAGCUGGAGCCCUGCAAAAGCCCUGGUGCUGCAUGCAUUGCAUCUAUACCACAAGCCAAUCCAGUUGCCAAAGGCACACACAACCUUGAGACAUGCUCACUGACAAUGUGCUGUGUGAGCACUCCUACUCCAAAAUUAGGGCUGUCGCAGCACAUUCAUCCGUCUCUGUAUCUCCUCAGUAAUGCCUGUGGUAGCUCACUCAAAGCCUGCUCAGUAGCCAGAAAUGUCAAGGGUAAUGGAACACUGCUGUCUGACCAGCUGUGGGUUUUUGCUGCCUUCCUUCCCUGAGGACCCAGGUUGGGCUGAGUGGCAGGACAGUAAUCACAGUGACACUUGGGGAUGCAUAUUUGGUGCAAACACUCCCAGGAAUGUCACCCAGCAUAGGCCUGGGGAACAGAAGCAAACCCCACAUCACUGCCUUGACCUGUUUUUAGUACUGGUUAGUCUCCAUUUUGCAGCUGAGACUGGGUUUCUCUGUGGAGCAGAGAGCAGGGUUCCUCUGGGGUCUGAGGUUAUGGCUCUCCAGCUGGUUCCUGUGUCCUGGUGACAGGCCAGCAGCACAUCACACCCAAACCUGAGUCUUACAGCCUCAGAAGCCUUCCUCACCCAAAGAAAUAAAGCACCCAGGAGCAAGACUCUCGAUAUUUUUGCAUGGCACACAGCAGUGGUGUGUGACAGCCACCAGAGAGCUGUAAAGCAGUGGGACAUCAACACACGCAGGGAAGAACAAGGGUUUAAAACCAGCAACUCCUUCCACUUCUUGAGGCUGGGGAGAGCUUUCCCAUGAAUAAGGUGAAAAGAAUACGAAUCAGCUGGGUAGUCCUUGUCCCUUUUGAUAGCAUGAAUUGGACAUGGGCAUUUAGUUUCCCCAGCACUUUCUCAGCAAGCAUGCUGCAAACACUGCUGUCAGGGAGCAGCUGAGGAGUUUUGCAACUCUUGUUUGGAACCAAGGAAAAGGUCAGGCUGUAGAAUGCAUGCACAGGUCACAGGAAAAUGUGAUGCCCAGUCAGAAACCGUGCGAGGGAGGAAAAUUUUCCCUCCAUGUAGUCUUGACAUUUGGGAGAUGAGCAUUGGUUGAUUGCACUUUCAGAUUUUUAAAAAGCAGCUCAGCAAUGCAUGUUCAUAGGCAUUUUGAGCGCCUUACAGAAGCUGAACAUUCCUAAGCAAUACAAGAAUCAUUUGCACAACCCCCAGUGCCAUGUCCUGACCUCAGUAUCUGCAGGGGCAGUUGUGACAAGACAGAUGAGUGACCAAAAAUUUCCAUGAGCAGAGGAGAAGGGAGUUAAGUCAGCUGCCAGAUUUAAGCCACCUGUGAAUCCCAUCUGAUCUUUUGUGAAAGAAAGCAAGUCUGUCCAGCAGAUCUGAGCCCCAGCAUCAAUUCCCACAGCAGGAACUAUUUGCUCCCUUGAGGAAUAGCCAGGGACACUGAGAAACAACAAAUGAUCAAAACAACAACUUGCAGUUUUCUGAGGUCUGAUACAAUCUUUUUUAAAAUGGAUUAUCCAACCAAUCCCCAUGUUUCCACCUUCUUAAAUGUAACAUUUUAUUAUCAGUCUGUUCUCCAAUUUUAUUUUCUCUACUGAAGGUGAAACUUCACAAAACUAAAACAGAAAAUGGACCUGCCUAAGAAGAAUAAGSCCAUCCUUGGCAAUAACAUGGGCAUGCCUGAAGAAACCAACAAUGAUUCCUCAUAUGCAACAGAAACUAUUAAAGCUGCUGUCAGAAAUAGUAAUGUUUUUUCUCUCCCCUUUGAGGAUUAUUACCUUGUUGCUGCUUUAAUUCUUGUGUGAAAAUGUACUAAAUGAGCAUGUGAAGUGUCAUCCCCUUCCUACUGUUCGGUAUUUCACUGACAACUGCUACAAAAGGUUUUCAUUUCAACUUGAGGAAUAUGUGUGAAAGUGUCAUAAAAGCAAUAUAAGGGAUUUAGAGAACUUGACCACUUAC